UCCUUCUACUCCUUCUUUUGGCAGAUGUGAACAACGAAGAAAUGCAAAGUGGCAAUCAGACUUCUGUGUCUCACUUCAUUUUGGUGGGUCUGCACCACCCACCACAUCUAGGGGUACCACUCUUCCUAGCUUUCCUUGUCAUCUACUUGCUUACUGUCUCCGGCAAUGGGUUGAUCAUCCUCACUGUGUUGCUGGACAUCCGACUCCACCGCCCCAUGUACUGGUUUCUAUGUCAUCUCUCCUUCUUGGACAUGACGAUUUCCUGUGCUAUUGUUCCCAAGAUGCUGGCUGGCUUUCUCUUUGAUAGCAGGGUUAUCUCCUUUGGAGGCUGUGUAAUUCAGCUUUUUUCUUUCCAUUUCCUAGGCUGCACUGAAUGUUUUCUUUACACGCUCAUGGCGUACGAUCGCUUCUUAGCCAUUUGUAAGCCUUUGCAUUAUGCUACCAUCAUGACCCGCAGUAUGUGUAACUUCUUGGCUCUGGGCACCUGGUUUGGAGGGACCAUCCACUCACUGUUCCAAACAAGUUUCAUAUUCCGUCUGCCCUUCUGUGGCCCAAACCAUGUUGACUACUUCUUCUGUGAUAUCCCUGCCAUGCUGCGACUAGCCUGUGCUGACACCACCAUUAAUGAGCUGGUCACCUUUGUAGAUAUUGGCUUCCUGGCACUCACCUGCUUUAUGCUCAUCCUCACUUCCUAUGGUUACAUUGUGGCUGCCAUCCUGCGAAUCAAGUCCGCAGAAGGACGCCGCAAUGCCUUCUCUACCUGUGCUGCCCACCUCACUGUUGUCAUUGUUUACUAUGUGCCAUGCACCUUCAUUUACCUGCGCCCUGGCUCACAGGAGCCACUGGAUGGGGUGGUAGCUGUUUUCUACACUGUCAUCACUCCCUUGCUUAACCCCAUCAUCUACACACUUCGCAACAAAGAGAUGAAGGCAGCAUUACGGCGGUUGGGAGGCUUCAAGGAAGUGCAGCCUCAAUGACUCCAUGC